AUGUUUGCUCACCUACCAAGAGGCUUCUACUCUAAUAUGAGAAGUAUCACUGGUGAACGAACAGUACUACACCUCAAGAAGUCUGCAUAUGGGACAACCAUUGCGCCAAGGCUAUGGUACAAACAUUUAAUGAAGGCAUUUCACGAGCUUGGAUUUGAAAGCUCCUCCUACGAUAAAUGCUUCCUUAUUCGCAAAGACAUGAUGAUUGUCGUUUAUGUCGACGACUGCGGUAUCAGCACUGACAAACCAGAGAAAAUCGAUGAACUUGUCAACCAGCUGAAAGAAAAGGGAUUUGAUUUGGAGAUUGAAGGCGACUUUGAAACGUUUCUUGGAGUCAAAAUUCGCCAGAUGAAGGAUGGUAGAUACCACCUCCUUCAAGAAGGGCUCAUCAAGAAGGUGCUUGAAGCCGCCAAGAUGACAGACUGCAGUCCCAAUCACGUUCCGGCUGCACCAACCCCACUAGGAAAGGACCCUAACGGAGAACCUUGGUCCCAACAUCCCUGGCGCUACAGCUCAAUUGUUGGGAUGCUAAUCUAUCUCUGCACAAAUACUCGCCUCCAUUGGGUCGUCCAACGGAAAAAUCACCAGAGGAUCCUGUACCGCCAGCCCAAGAAUCAGUCCUCGGACAUAGACGACGAGCUCCCGAUCGUUUCCAAUAAAUUUGUCCUUGAUGUCACGGUCAAGCGCAGCUCAAAUGCGUUGCUCGACUAA